GGUCAGGUAAGUGCUUGUUUACUUCUGCUUCAGAACAUUGCUACGCUCACUCAACAUCUUCCACUAAUCCCUAUAAAAAAAAAAAACCUUCUUCCACCAAUCCAUCCCGAAACCCCAGUCCACCACCUCUCCCCCCACCCAAUGGAUCCGUCCGCCGCCGGCGCCGGCACCCCGAGGCGGCGAGCGGAGCAAUGGCUGAGCGUGGCCGAGAAGCUCCUGGUGGCGCGCGACCUCGAGGGGUGCAAGCAGUUCGCCUCCCAGGCCCUGGCCGCGGACCCCCACACCCCGGGCGCCGACGACCUCCACGCCGCCGCCGCCGCCCUCCUGGCCGCCCAGCGCCGGCGCUUCCCCAACGGCCAGCCCGAUCCCUACGCCGUGCUUGGCCUAGACCCCGCAAACCCCGCAUCACGCCACCCGGAUGCCAUCCACUCCCACUACCGCCGGCUCUCGUUCCUCCUUAAUCGCUCCCACCCCGAUCGCCCCUGUUCGCUUGCCUUCGCCGACGCCGCCCGCCUCGUCGCCGACGCCUGGGCUUUCCUCUCUGACCCCGUCCUUAAAUCCGCCCUCGACGCGGAGCUCGACGCCGCCGCCGCCGCAGCAGCAGCAGCUCGCGCAUACCACUCGCCUGCUCCAAAUCGACCGCAGCUACAGCCGCAGUCGCAAUCACCGCUGCAUCCACGGCCAGCUCCGUCGUCGGCUACUCCCCCACCACGGCCGACUCCGCCGCUGGCUACUCCCCCACCUCGGCCGACUCCGCCGCUGGCUACUUCCCCACCUCGGCCGACUCCGCCGCUGGCUGCUCCUCCUCCACGGCCAACACCACCGCCGGCUGCUCCUCCUCCACGGCCAACACCGCCGCCGGCUGCUCCCCCUCCACGGCCAAAGCCGCCGCCUCCUGCUCCUCAAACACGGCCAACUCCGCCUCCGCCUGCUCCCCAAACACCGGCAGCUGCAAUGGCCCCACCGGUGGAGUCUGGCGCGCCGCCUCCGUCGACGUUCUGGACGGUGUGCAUGGCGUGCUGCCACAUUCAUCAGUACGACCGCCUCUAUGAGACACGCAAGCUGAUGUGCCCCAGUUGCCGCCAGCCGUUUGUAGCCGAGGCGAUGGCUGAUCCGCCGCCUAUUGUGCCGGGCACUGACAUGUAUUACUGCACCUGGGGAUUCUUCCCCGUUGGGUUCCCUGGGUGCCCAGGCUUUGAAAGAAUGGUCAAUUCACAACCGCAGGGACCAGAUCAGCUGAAUGCGCCUUGGCUUGGAGGUACUGGUGGUGCUAAACAUAAUGUUGGCGAUAAUGCUGAGAAUGGGGUGCCAGUUAGUGCUGCAGCAGAGGUACCGGUAGAGGUGCCGGCUGCGACACCGCCAGCAAAGCCUAUGAGAGUGAAGGUGGGGGCUAAGAAGCGUGGUCGCCCCAAAGGCAGUAAGAACAAGAGUAAAUCGUGAUUUAUAUUGACAAAUAUGAUUGAUAUGAAUUAGAGAAAAAUGAUCAUGAGAUCAGAUGGCUUAGUUGGGAUAUUGAAUUGAUCACAUUGUAAUUGUUGUCAGCCAAAGCAUUUGCCCGCAGGUUGAAGUCCCAUUUGAUGUUGACAGGAUCUUUCACGAGGAGAAUGGCAAUUUGGUGAUGGAAGAGUUCUUUCUUUGCCGGAUAAUGUUAAUUUUCUGAUUCAUACCACAUUGCCUUUCUUGCCACUAUGCUUUAGAUGUUAGCAACCCCUCAAAUUUGACAACAAGAUAUUGUAUUUUCUUGUUGUCUAAUUUCAUGACUCUUCUAGAGAUAGCUGUGUUGAUCUAGGAUUAUGGAGGAGUAGCGCCUUGGUACUGAUUGUUGUACAUUUAAGUUUGGUGCUAUUAUAAGCUAUGCUCUGUGUAGGAAUGUGCGGCAAUGAAUAAAAUGGUUUAUUAUGUCAAUUCUGCUCAUGUCAA